AUGGGCCCUGACUGGUACCUGGUCCAGGUAGAGCUGAUUGUUACUGAUGUGAAUGACAAUGCACCAGAAUGGAGGAUGGUCCCUUCGCCCUACCUGGCUGUGGUGUCCCCCAGUGCUCCGCCCGGCUCCCUGGUGUACAAGCUCCUCGCACACGACGGGGACGAGGGCAGCUACGGGGAGGUGGAGUACUUCCUGUCUGACGGCGGCGAUGGCCGCUUCGACGUGGACAAGAAGAGCGGCCAUGUGAAGACGACAGGCCUGCCCCUGCAGAAGGACAGGGAGUACCUGCUCAAUGUUGUGGCCGCUGACAAGAUGGGAAGCCGCAGUCUUCCUGCCCUGGUGUCUGUGGUGGCGGGGCCCAGAGCGCCCCAGUUCACCAAUGCCUCCUACUCCAUCUCCAUUCCUGAGAACACGCCCGAAGGACAGCCGUUCCUGGUGACCCCCGCUGUGUCCUUCCAGAAGCAGCCCCUCAGUUACAGUCUGCUCAUCAACCCCAGCAGCCUCUUCUCCAUCCAGCAGGAGACGGGCGAGAUCAGCCUCACCCGCUCCAUCGACUUCGAGAGUGACCAGCACCGCUAUCUGCUCCUGGUCCGGGCCAGGGAGAGCCACGACAGCCUGAGCAGUGCUGCUGAGGUCCGCGUGCUGAUAACCGAUGAGAACGACUGUGUCCCAGAAUUCCUGCAGUCCAUUUACAGCAAAGACGGUGUCCCUGAGACCGUAACCACGGCAACCUCGCUCCUACAAGUGUCGGCCAGUGAUUGUGACUCGGACCUGAAUUCUGAGCUGACCUAUUACACUCUGAGCCCGGACUUCAGCAUCUCGCCCCAUGGCACCAUCUUUCCAGCCAAGCCGCUGGACUACGAGCGGCCCAACCACCUGUACGAGUUUGUGGUGAUGGCUGUGGACAAGGGCGAGGUUCCCCGCACGGGAACCGCCACCAUCCGCAUCCGUAUGUCCAACGUCAACGACGAGGCGCCCGACUUCUCUCAGCACAUUUAUCGGACCUUUGUCUCUGAGGAUGCCGGACCCAACACGCUGGUUGCCACGGUUUUGGCCAAGGACCCCGAUGGAGAUGGAAUCACAUACCGGAUCACAACAGGCAACACCGAGGGCAACUUUGUCAUCGAUAGCCAAAAAGGGCUGAUUCGCCUACGCUCCAGCCCCCCUCCGAAACUGCAGGGCCUGGAGUACGUCCUCAACGUCACGGCAACCGACGACAACGCCUCCGGUGGCCCCCACGCCCUGUCGUCCACCGCCCAGGUCAUCGUGGGAGUGGACGAUGUUAACAACAACAAGCCCAUUUUUGAGAAGUGCCAGCAGUACAGGGAGAGAACCUCAGUGCUGGAGAACCAGCCUGCUGGAACGUUUGUGCUGCAGGUGCACGCUGCUGAUGCAGAUGAGGGAGCCAAUGGGAAAGUGACAUACGGAUUCAUGCACAAAGACAGCACAAUACCCGCCUUCAGCAUCCACCCAGACACAGGUGUGAUCGUCACAGCCAGGACGUUCGACCGGGAGAAGCAAAGGGAGUAUGCUGUCACGGUAACGGCCACGGACCAAGCCGCAGAACCCCUGAUCGGGAUCUGCCAGCUCAACAUCCUUAUUCUAGAUGAGAACGACAAUAGCCCCAAGUUUGAGAACCAGCGCUAUGAGUACUUUCUGCGGGAGGACACUAUGAUUGGCACCAGCUUCCUCCGCGUGGCAGCACAUGAUGAUGACUACAGCUCCAAUGCAGCCAUCACUUACUCAAUGUCAACGGAGCAGCCGGAGUACCUCAGAGUCAACCCCAUCACCGGCUGGGUCUAUGUCAAUCAGCCCAUUUCUCAGAGGUCCUACAUCACGCGGGAGAUCAUCGCCACCGACGGGGGGAACCGCAGCAGCACGGUGGAGCUGGCAGUCACCAUCACCAACGUGAAGAACCAGCCUCCACAGUGGGAGAGAGACAACUACAGCGUGGUCAUCCCAGAGAACACCAUGAGGGACACUCCCAUUGUGACGAUUAAGGCCACCUCCCCCUUGGGCGACCCCAGAGUCACGUACAACCUGGAGGACGGGAUGGUUCCAGAAACCAACAUGCCCGUGCGCUUCUACCUCACGCCCAACCGCGAGGACGGCACCGCCUCCAUUCUGGUGGCCGAGCCGCUGGACUACGAGACCACCCGCAACUUCAUGCUGAGGGUCCGCGCCCAGAAUGUGGCUGCCGUCCCCCUGGCCGCGUUCACCACCGUCUAUAUCAAUGUGACAGAUGUCAACGAUAAUGUCCCCUUCUUCACUUCCUCCAUCUACGAGGCAGCGGUGACGGAAGGGGCAGAAGUGGGCGCCGUGGUCCUCCAGGUGUCUGCUAAUGACCUGGACCUGGGGAUCAAUGGGAAGAUCUCCUACUCCCUGCUGAACGACCGCAGUGGGGAUUACCAGUUCUUCCGCAUUGACUCAGAGAUGGGGACCAUCUACACAGAGGCAGUGUUUGACCGUGAGAUGAAGGGCUCCUAUCUUUUGGAAGUGAAGUCUGUGGACGGGUGGGAAUCGGCCCGGCCGGGGAAACACGGACAGCCCAAUUCUGACACGGCGUAUGUUCGCAUUUUUAUCAGUGACGUGAAUGAUAACAAGCCCGUCUUUGCUCAGAACAUCUAUGAGAUCGAUGUUGAUGAGGACGCGGAUGUUGGCUUUGCCCUUGUCACUGUCAGCGCUAAUGACGAAGAUGAAGGUGCCAACGCCAAGCUGCGCUACCAGAUCACCUCGGGGAACACGGGGGGCGCCUUCGACGUGGAGCCCGAGGUCGGCACCAUUUUCAUAGCCCAGCCGCUCGAUUACGAACACGUCAAACGGUACAAACUGCACGUCGUGGCGUCAGACGGCAAGUGGGAGGACUACGCCGUGGUUAUCGUCAACGUCCUCAACAAGAACGACGAGCCGCCCGUGUUCUCCAUGAACGAGUACUACGGCAGCGUGACGGAGGAGCUGGACGGCUCACCCGUGUUCGUGCUACAGGUAACAGCAACUGACCCAGAUAAAGAUGCCAACCAGGAGGCCCUGCGGUAUUCUCUUCAUGGUCAGGGAGCAGAGAGUGAAUUCAUCAUUGAUGAGGUGACGGGGAAGAUCUAUGCGCAGAAGACCUUGAACCGUGAGGAGCGGGCAGUCUGGAGGUUUGUGGUGUUGGCCACCGAUGAGGCAGGGGAGGGGCUAACUGGCUUCACCGAUGUCAUCAUCAACGUGUGGGAUAUCAAUGACAAUGGACCUGUCUUCAUCUGCAUGCCUGACAACUGCAACGGCAACGUCCCAGAGAACUCACCCGCGGACACCUCAGUCAUGGAGAUGACUGCCUCCGACCUGGAUGACUCUACCGUGGGUCAAAACGCCGUGCUCACCUACAAGGUGGUUGGAAAUGCUCGAAAUGGAGCCGGUGUUGAUUUGUUCAGCAUCAACCCCAACACUGGCACUAUCUAUGUGGCAGUAGACAACUUGGACCGGGAGAAGGUAGAGCAGUACCUACUGGUGGUGGAGGCUAAGGAUGGAGGAGGCAUAACUGGCACAGGUACUGCUACAAUCCAGGUCAUGGAUAUUAAUGACCAUGCUCCCCGGUUCACUGAGAAUGCCUGUGGUGCCCGUAUCUCAGAGCUCAGUGAGAUUAACUCAGCUGUGCUGGAGCUCUCAGCCGUAGACGCAGACAUUGGGGAGAAUGCCCAGCUAACCUUCAGCAUCGUAGGAGGGGACCAGGAGCAGAAAUUCUACAUGGUUAGUCACAGGCAGGAGCAGCGCGGGACACUUCAGCUAAAGAAGAGGCUGGAUUUCGAGAAGUCCAGUGAACAGUGGUUCAAUCUCACCAUAAAGGUUGAGGACCUGGACUUUUUCAGCAUAAUCCAUUGUGUCAUUGAGGUGGAAGACUACAAUGACCAUGCUCCGGUCUUCAUCCCACACUUCUAUGCUCUCACACCCAUGCCUGAGGAUAUCCCUGUAGGCACCAGCAUCGCUAAGGUGGUUGCCAGCGACUCAGAUUCUGGUCUGAACCAGGAAGUCACAUACAGCAUCUUAUCAGAAUCUGACCAGUUCAAACUCUUCUCAGUGGAUCAGACCGGCGUGGUCAGUGUGGCGAGUCCAUUGGACAGAGAAAGAGCAGCACAGCAUUACUUGGUCAUCUUGGCAACUGAUCACGGGAGUCCAGCGCAGACGGGGAGUGUCACGGUUCAGCUGAGUUUGCUGGAUGUCAAUGACAAUGGGCCAGAGUUUGAAAUGGCCUACAUGCCCGUAGUGUGGGAGAACAUUCCGGGUCCUCAGAUCAUACAUCUCAACCAGACUUCCACGCUGUUGCAUGUGGUGGAUCGAGACUCUGCCGAAAACGGGCCUCCCUUCUCCUUCACCACACCCGCCGAAUACUACGAUGGUGGCAGCUUUUUCCUGCAGGACAAUGGCAACAACACAGCCACCAUCACUGCCCUGCGCACGUUUGACCGUGAAAAGCAGAAGGAGUUCCUUCUGCCCAUUAUCACAAGGGACAGUGGCCACCCUCCCAAAAGCGUCACCAAUACUCUCACGAUCACUAUCGGCGAUGAGAAUGACCAUGCCCACCAGGCCGGGGAGAAGGAGAUCUUCAUCAACAGCCACAGAGGAAGGAUGCCAACAGCAGUCCUGGGGAAGGUUUAUGCUCCAGACCCAGAUGACUGGGACAAUAAAACGUAUGCCUUCGCAGGACAUGUGCCCAACUACUUCAUUCUAAAUAAAAGGACAGGCUUUCUGAUUAUCAAGGAAAACACUCCGCCCGGCAUCUACAAGCUGAAGGUCCAUGUUUCCGAUGGCGUUUGGCCAGACGUUGUGUCCGGUGUGACCGUGCACGUUCAGGAACUGCUCGACGACGACAUCUACAGUUCCGGCUCGCUCCGCCUAGCAAACAUCACAGCCACGGAGUUUAUCGAACGGCAGGGUGAUGCGAACAGCCGAUACGAGAUGUUUCGAGACUUUCUGUCGGAGAUGCUGCUCACCAGUCCUGGCACCAUCAACAUCUUCGGUCUGACGGAAGUGCGGGAGAGGACUCUGGACGUGCGCUUCUCUGUGCAGAGCGCUCCCUUUCUGAGGCCAGAGAAGCUACACGGAUACCUCGCUGCACACAAGCAGAAGCUUCAGUCGUUCCUCCAGGUGAACAUCAGUCAGGUGCACGUCGACGAGUGCGUGGAGAUGGACUGCGGGAGCAGCAGUGGCUGUUCUAACCACCUGACCAUCAGCGACACCCCCACCGUGGUGGAUUCUGGGAGCAUGUCGCUGGUGUCCGUGACGGUGACAGACACUCCCGUGUGCAGCUGCUCAGGAAGAGACCACGUGCACCAGACCUGUGCUUCCUAUCACAGAAACCCCUGUUACAAUGGCGGAGCCUGCAUCGACAGCCAGAGUGGAUACAGAUGCCGAUGUCCUUCGCAGUUUGAGGGCCCAGACUGCCAGCAGACCAAGCACAGUUUCCAUGGCAAUGGCUAUGCUUGGUUUCCCCCCAUAAGGCCAUGCUUCGAAAGUCACCUCUCCCUGGAGUUUAUCAGCGAGGCUGCAGACGGGCUGCUGCUCUACAGUGGGCCGGUCGCUCAGCUUCAGCCAUGGGACCCCGAGGACUUCAUGGCAAUAGAAAUUAUUGACGGCACGCCUACUCUGAAGAUAAACCACGGCUCUGGCACGUUGGUGCUUCAGUUGCCAAGCAACGUGGAUGUAGCAGACAGACGAUGGCACAGGCUCGAUAUAAGGAGCAAUAGUAAGGAUGUGCGCUUCACCUUGGACCGCUGCAGUGGUGUCACCGUCAUGGAGACGGAGGGUGUCGACGGCUGGCUGACGACUGAAGACCACUCUUCCUGUGAAGUCACUGGGGUCACACCAAACCUGGACAGGCACCUCAACGUGACCCAAGUCUUGCAGCUGGGUGGAGUCAAUGAGAACCUGCCCUACGUUUACCCUCAGUUACAGCACAAGCACUUCUCCGGCUGCAUCCGCAACCUGGUGGUGGAUAGUAAGGUCUACGAUCUUGGCUCUCCUGCAGACUCUAAGAACAGUGCCCCGGGUUGUCUGAUGACAGACGGACACUGUGUAAACAUGGGGUACCCAUCCUGCGGACCCCAUGGCCGAUGUCAUGGAGAGUGGGGCUCCUUCAGCUGCCAGUGUAUACCAGGGUACACUGGGCACCAGUGCGAGCAGGAGGUCCCCGAGUACUCGUUUGAUGGGCGUAGCUACAGCCAUUUUCAGCUGGGGUCCCCCCUGCCGACCCGAAGGACCCUGGUGCAGGUUCUGGUGCGGUCCCGCAAACACUGGGGAGUCAUCAUCAGCCUGCUGUCCAAGGAGCAGAGCGAGUACCUGCGUUUGGAGAUCUAUCAGGGUCUGCUGGCUGUCUCCUACAACCUUGGUGACGGGGACUACUCCCUCAUACUGCCCUCCUAUCAUGUUGACAAUGGGGAGUGGCACGAGGUCCACCUGGAUCGCUAUGACAACGAGGUGACCCUGCGGCUGGACGGGGGCGGCGGGGGGCGUGAAGUGAGCGAGGCCCCUGGGCGUGGCCGAGAGAUGGUCAUCGACCCUGCGGCAGUGAUGCUGGGGAAUUCCUUCCCCUUCAGCCACAACAAGAGCUUCCAAGGCUGUAUUCGGGACCUGAGGCUGAACAGUCACUAUGUGCCCCUGGAUGGUCAGGCCAAAGAAGGGAUCUCGGUGGUGAGCUCGCAGGGCGUGUCUAUUGGCUGCUCCUCUGACUCCUGCAGGAGGAACCACUGCAGCCCCCCCUUCAGCUGCGUGGACCUGUGGAGAAUGCACGAGUGCAGGUGUCCUCUGGGUCACAUAGUGAAGGAAAACUCCACUGGAAAGUUCUGUAUCUACACCUUGUGUGCCAGCCAGCCGUGCCAUCGCGGCACCUGCAUGGCGCAGUCCCCGUCCAAGUUCACCUGCCAGUGCCCCGAGGGCUACAGGGGGCGCCACUGUGAGGUUACACUGGCCAUCUACCACGACGAUGUUGGCCUCAGCUUCAGCUCUCUGUUUGCCAUCUGCAUUUGCUUCUUGGCGCUCCUAGUUCUGCUGUUGGGCAUCUUCCUGUGGUCCCGCUGGAGGAGCUACAAGGGCCUGAAGGAGGGCGUGUACCAUGUGUCGGCUCACCACGACGGCUGGGAGGACAUCCGGGAGAACGUGCUCAACUAUGACGAGGAGGGCGGAGGGGAGGAGGAUCAGAACGCGUAUGACAUGGCCGAGCUGCAGAAGUCUCUCCAGCCCAGCCCGGCCCAGUCCGUCCAGUACAGCCGGUCCCGGGGGGGUCAGUACCACGCCCACGUGCAGCAGGACACCACCAAGUCCAGCAGCUGCAGCAGCACCACCACCACCACCCUGCGCAGGGACGUCCCGCCCUGCUGGCCCCCGGCCCCGGGCCCCGGCCUGCCCGUCCGCGCGGCCCGGAAGAGCCUGUCCUUCUCCAGCCAGGACCUGGCACGGUACCUGUGCGAGAUCAUCCGCGACGCCGACCAGCACCCGGAGACGGCGCCCUUCGACUCCCUGCAGGUGUUCUCCACCGAAGGCGGGGGCUCCCCGGCCGGCUCGCUCAGCUCCUUCAGCUCCGCCGGCCUGGAGGAGGACCGGGGCCCCGAGGGCCCGCGCGAGUGGGGGCCCCGCUUCGAGAAGCUCAAGGCGCUCUGCGAGAGGGCCGAGGCCAGCGACCUCUAAGCGGGAAGCUAAAGGACCCCGCGGGAGAUUUGUGACGAGCCUUAUUGCUGUCUUUUUGUCUGGAACUUGACUUGCUGAUGACAAUGAUUUCGGUGAAAAGUGUUCUAUUUGUAAAUCAAAGUUUGAGGUUAUCCAUGUACCCUGUGGUACGAGACAUGCUGUUACGUGUACAAUCAGUGGUUUAAAAUGUGUUGCGGCUUGAUGGAGGACGACACUCCUACGUUUUUUGAGGUGUCCAUUUUUUUAUCAUUUCACAGGUCGAUCGAUCAAACAGUAACGCAAACGGGCUCCAGUUCCUUUACUUUAUAUUUUCCAACCUUCUUCUGACGGUGCAGCGAUCCCCCACAUUGAGGUGGAAGCCAAAAUCUGCGCCUUACUCGGAGCUAAGUGCACAAAUAAAAGCUGGAAUGAACACUUGCAGGAGCCCUAAUGCGACGUCAAAGAACGGUGCCAGGAUUGUACUUGAAAGCUCUGCUUCUGGGGUGAACAAAAUGCCUGCGCAUGACAGCCUACGGUAAAAAUACUGCCGCGGAAGACAAGAAUAUCCGAAGUUAACAAUCCACACAUUAUAUUCUCGGGCUCCAAUCUUUGUGCUCCACCUAGCCUGCUGAGCCAACCAUCUUUGCAAGUGUUGGGAACGAUCAGCGCAAAUUCAUUGCAAUCAAGGGAAGAACCAAAGUGCUAUUGGGUGAGUGCUGGCAAUUCAGCUGAGAAUCCCAGGUUCUGAACGAGUGAGAACGGGUCUUAUCCGGAAGGAUGAUUUGUCUCUGGGAUACAAAGUGGCAGGAGCGUGGACAGUCAAUUUAACAAAUCCAAAGUUUAUAUCCUUUAAAAAAUAUCUUUCAAUAUAUUUUUAGAUGAUCUCCGAUAGAAUUUGCUCUUUUGUUUAAAAAGACAGAAAAAUUCUUACUGCUUUCGCAUCAACAUCGCUGUGAACAGAAUGAUUUUCACAAUUUGUGCAAUUGAAAAGAAGAAUCACUUCAAGGCCACUUUCAGAGGGACAAGCUGUUUCACUCCUAUUAACAUUUCUGUGUUUUCCUCUGCCUGAUGUGUUGCUGCAAGGAUGAUUAUAUACAGUGAGGCUUCACAGGGAAAUGCUAAUGGAUUUAGAAAUGGUUAGUCCAUAAUGAAAGGGAAUGAAAACACAUGUUGCAAUGUUCUUGUCGAAUGACAAAAUGCCAACACACUGUAUUAUAUGCUUCUCGAGGUACAGUUAUAAAACCCAGUUUUAUCAAUUUUUUUCACAGAAAUCUAUGUUAUGCAUCACAGCACAGCUGUCAAGAUGGGGAGGCUUUUAAAAGGCAUCAGAGUGCUAAUCCUAAUGCAAGAUGAUAGCUGGCUGUCAUGCUUUCAAAUGAAGCAUCCUGCCAUUUUGUGAUUUUGUGGCCACUCCAAGUCAAUGAUUUGGGCAUGGAUUUUGAGUGUGCCAAUUUUGAAAGGUGGCAAAUGAGUUAAAAUAAGAUUCACAUGUGGAAAUAUGGAAUGCUGCUGUAAUUCUGUCUAUAAAAGCUAACCUUUCUUCGGAAUUAAAUGUGAUUUCCUCCCAGAAAAUAUGAUUUGUUCAGACCUAGAGUGAGUGAGGGGUUAUUUAUGGCCUACAAAUGUGCGCAUUAUAAAAAUGUGAGCAUAUACUAUACAUUAUUUCAUUUAUGACUUGAAGGUUUUUUUUAUUUUAUCGCUGAUACUAUAUGUUCUCACAGUGUCAAACUCCUUACUUUACAUUUUAAUCUGUGGGGUGGCUUUUAUUUGUGUGGUGAAUUCACAGAUUGUGAAAUUGCUUUUUGAUUUUUAUCCCAUUUGUACAUAGGGAAAAAUGGCAGUAUAUGGUUUUAAAAGUGUUAAACUAUCUAUGGGAUACCCACGCUGUAGAGAUUUCCCUGCUUCUUCAAAGUGAACUUGUAUUUUGUAUUUUUUUUUUUUUUCUUUGAUCUUGUUGGUUUAUAACUUUGCCAAUUUAAGCUUUUUUUCCAAAUAAAUAUCUUUGAUUAUGUUAUUGGUAUGAGUGUUGAUUAUGUUAUUGGGUCUUUAUAA